GUUGUAAUAAGACAACCCAGAGGUGACUGGGAACUAGGUUUCCAUCCGGAGCUGCAGUGUGAACUCCAGCCCAGAGCUGAUCCAGUCGUCCUUGCUCCAUGGUCACAGGACAGUCAAUACUCUGAAGAGAUGAAGCCAAACAGCCUCCUACAGUUCACAACAACCACCCUCCUUUGCCUUAGCAUGGUGCGGCUUAGCGUAACUAGGAAAGGAGUUACACCCAAACAAGGGUACUGCCCGGAGUUUCUUCUUAACUGCCCGUUUGUCCUGUUACCUUUAUGCAACCGUGAUAGUGGGUGCAAGGGCACCAAAAAGUGCUGUUUCUACUACUGUCAGAUGCGGUGUGUGGAACCUUGGACAUCUUUGACUUGAAAUGGAAACCUUUCUUAACCACGGCUGGGAAAAAUACAAUGACAUUGGCUCCAACUUGGAUGGCUGACCUUGAGUUCUUCUGUCUCACAGACCCCUCUUAUUGGUGAAUUAAAUGUGUAUUAGUAUUAAAGCGAAACAAAUAAAUACAUCCCUAUGUAAUAA